AUGUUUGAACUGCAAGGUCCAAGAUGGGCUUCCUGGAACCUUGGUGUUUUUAUUUGUAUCAGGUGUGCAGGAAUCCACCGAAACCUCGGUGUGCAUAUAUCCCGAGUGAAAUCGGUUAACUUGGAUCAGUGGACACCAGAACAAAUACAGUGUAUGCAAGACAUGGGCAACACCAAAGCUCGACAUUUCUAUGAAGCAAACCUUCCUGAACAUUUCCGGAGACCUCAGACUGACCAAGCUGUAGAAUUUUUCAUCAGGGACAAGUAUGAGAAAAAGAAAUAUGUGGAUAAAAAUGCAAACAGUGGAAUCACAAUAACCACCUCUGAUGUUGCUGCACCCUUGCCAUCAUCUCCCUCUUUAUCAAAUACUGCUGAGAAGAGCAAACUAGAGAGAGAAAAGGACAGACGGAAAGAUGAAAAGAAAAGGGGAAAAUACCAAGAGAAACCUAUUACUUUAGAAAAAGUAAAAAUGUCUCCUCCACAUGCUGUGGUUUUGCCUCCAAGUAUCCUCAACCUAACUGGAGAAGACCUUCAUACAGAAAAGGGAUGUGUUGUUUCUGAAGCUGUAAAGAAAGACCAAGUGGAUACUAGAAUGAGCCCUCACAAGGUAGCACAGUCAACCAUCGAUCUGUUAGGGCUGGAUAUUCCAAUUGAAGCUCCUGUUGCUAAUGGCAGUGCCACUUCGAGUACAAGCUUGAAUGAUGAUCUUGAUAUAUUUGGUCCUAUGGUUUCCAAUCCUGUUCCAAAAUCGGAUUUGCAGCUGCAUCAGGAGUCUUUCAGCAGCCUGUGGCGGUCUCUCAGCCUGGCAUCCAAAGUGGCCGGUGCUGACAGCAGGGCCCAGCACAUACUCAGGCGAUCGGAGGCUGUGAGUGGGUCCUGUCUGGGCAUGUUCCAGAAGCAGCAGGAGAUCAGAGAGGCAGCAGCAGCAGUGGCAUUGUGGCCCGCCGUGGGGAGAGCGAGCGCUGCUGUGUACAUGGCACCUUCUUCGUUGUCGUAUGCCUCUCACCCUGCAGCUAGCUAUCCAAAUUUUCCUAACCUUGGAGCACCUAUGCCAGCUCCCACGGGGAUGAUGGGACAAUCGGCAGGAAUGGUGGGCCAGCCGGCAGGGAUGGUGGUUGGCAUUGGAAUGGCAAAUGGAUUUAUGGGUAAUACACAAACCAGUGCUGUCAGAGUUCCGGAGAAUAUGAUGGCUCCCCAAGCAGGAAGGGUGGGAAAUUCAUACAAUGUGCAACAAAGCCAGAAAAUGCAGUGGAAUCUCAGUCAGGUGAAUCAGCAGAUGGCGGGGAUGAAUCUAAGUUGCCCAAGUGGUGUAAUGAGCUUCAGCCAAGCUGCAGGCACAAUGGGAAGAUGGACAGGCAAACCAACAGGACAGACUCUUAGUACUCAGUUGUGGAAAUGAAGCAAAGAAAGAGCUGAGGCCGCCAUCCUGCAGUUAUCCAUCAUCUGAAUUGCAUAACAGACAUUUGUUGUUUUAUUGGUGCAAAAAGAAAUACUCUGGUUUGACUGCUUGAUGUUACAAACUUGAUCUAUUCUUGGCAGCUUAUUGUUGAUUCAAUCAAAUGAAGUCAUUCCCUGCUUAAACAAUGGAGUACUAGUUUCAGAUGUUUUCUUCCCCUCACUAUUUUUCUAAAAUGUAUUCAUCACAAGCUAUCUGAACUGUUCACAACAAAUUCUAAUGGUAUUGUAUGUGACUUUGUAGCUAGUACUUGUACUGCUAAGGGAAGAAAGUGAAUUGUCAUUUUGGCAGCCUCCCUCUGGAAAUCCAGUACCCUCUAAUUAUAAUCACCUGAACUCUGUAGAAGAAAUUGUAUGAGCUGCUGAGCUAAAUUACUAGGUGUAAGUGAGUUUAAAAAGCAUUUCCUGGAUACCAUCUUAUUGCUUUUGUUCCAAAGAUUUUUCUUUGUGGUGAUAUUAUGAUGUGGAGCAAAUAAAAGAAAGCAAAAUUGGAAGAAAAAUAAAUCUGGAUGGUAGGUGGUAAGUGUUUUGGACUUUUGUUUGGGUUUAAAUCCCAAGAAGUGAAAACAGAAUGUAUAUGGUUUGAACUGUUUUACUGCAAAUGGUAAAUUACCUAUUCUUAGCUGGCAACCCUAGAGGUACUCUAUACUUUAUUGCAUGUUAAUUUGUCAGUAUAUUUCUUGCUUUCACCACACCUUCCUCUUUGAAAAAGUUUAGCAGUACAUUGAUUUAAGUAUUAAAACACUGCUAAUAUCAACUAUGUAAUGCAAACUGUCAAAAGUGACAAUUCAAUUUGUUGCAAGGUCCUCAAAUAGCUAAGUAACACAUAACCUUAAGUGUCUGCUAUAAAUCAUCUAUCUGAAAUAAAUGUUCAGUAAUGCUGCUAGAAAUGAUUAAUGCGUUGGGAGUUUUUAAUACCAUGAUAAUCUGUAAUUGAUAACUUUGUAAAUAUCAAAUUGUAAGUAGCUUCUACAUGCUUUCAGUGUUGUCUCUAAUGUUAAUUUAUUUUGCCACCCAUCCUAGAACAGUUCAUGCACAAUGUAACAACAUAUUGCCAUGUUAGCUCAAUUAACAUCAUAAGUCUGGGACGGCACGGUGGCUCAGUGGCUCAGUGGUUAGCACUGCUGCCUCACAGCGCCAAGGACCCAGGUUUGAUUCCACCCUUGGGCAGCUAUCUGUGUGGAGUUUGCAUCUUCUCCCCGUGUCUGCGUGGUUUCCUCCGGGUGUUCUGGUUUCCUCCCACUGUACAAAGAUGCGCAGGCUAGGUGGAUUGGCCAUGCUAAAUUGCCCGUAGUGUUCAGGGAUGUGUCGAUUAGGGUGGUUAAAGGAGAAUGGGUCUGGGUGGAAAUCUCUGUAGGUCAGUGUGGACUUGUUGGGCUGAAGGACCUGUUUUCACACUGUAGGGAUUUUAUAAUCGAUGUUCCAAGUUUGUCUUCAAUUGUUUGAACUAAUUGUGAUUAUGUAGAUCUUUGAAAAGGCAAGCAAAAAAAUAUUUUUACAAAGUGUUUUUGCUCCUUCAUAUUUUACUAUUGUCACCAAUCACUGUAGCUUAUCUGAGAAAUCUCCCUGAGGAGGGAAGCUUUUGAUGCAGCAGCAGAACAUUUGAGACAAAAUGCUAGUGCUCACCAGCCUUUGACUUCCUGCCAAAAGCAGAAAAGUUUUGUGUUAACACAGGAGAUUUGAAUUUCUAUCCCUUAAUAUUGUAAAAAAUUAUUGAUGCACAUCACACCAAACUGUUCCACCUUAAACAGUUUAUGGUUCUGUAUUCACUUAUUUUAAAAUUGCCUUACUAGUGGUUUAUGAAUGUUCAAACCUAUAAUUGUAAUAUAAAUAACAUUUUUUGCAUACUUUUUGAGUUUUCUAUCUUUGUUAAACCUUAAUGGCUACUUAAUAACAGGUGCUUAAAGAGUUAUUGGCUAAAUGCACCAAACAUGAACAGGGUAACUGUGCGUAGCGCUCACCAUAUCCUUGAGUUUCCCUUGAGCUACAUCCGGGUUUAUUACUGCAGUUGUGUUUACAUAUAUGGUGCCUAGUAUAGCAAGUAUGUUAUUUCACUGUAUUAAUUCAAUUAAACUGUUGUGCAUGUUUUGUA